AUGACCUUCACACUUCCCACCACCAAAAACCGUCCCAUAACCGUUCUAGGCGGUGGUGUUCUCGGCCGUCGCAUCGCCUGCACAUGGGCAUCAGGAGGUUGGGACGUACGAAUCCGCGACCCUUCACUCGAACAACGCAAUGCAGCCCUCCACUACAUCGAAAACAACAUAUCCAUCUACGCAUCCGCCAUCCAAUGUUCAUCUCCGGGCACCGUAACCGCCCACGAAGAUUUAGCCGAAGCGGUAAAAGGAGCUUGGAAUGUUAUCGAAGCGGUGCCGGAAAAAUUGCAGUUGAAGAUCGAUACGUUUGCUGAAUUGGAGAAGCUGUGUGAGUCGGAUACGUUGUUGGUUAGUAAUUCGAGUAGUUAUAAGACUUCGGAGAUGUUGGAGAAGGUGGGUGGGGAUACGAGGAAGAGAAUUUUUAAUACCCAUUAUAUGAUGCCUCCGGAUAACAAGAUUGUGGAACUUAUGACUGAUGGAGAGACGGCGGACGAAAUAUUUCCGUGGUAUGUGGAGAGGUUGAAGGAGGUGGGUAUGCAUCCUAUUGUUGCUAAGAGGGAGAGUACGGGAUUCGUGUUUAAUCGGGUUUGGGCAAGUAUUAAAAGAGAAUGUUUGAUGAUUCUUGCAGAGGGGGUUAGUACCCCAGAGGAAUUGGAUAGGGUUUGGGUAGAGAUGUUUGGGAAGAGGUAUCUGGAGGAGGGAAAGCUGGGUGCUAAAAGUGGGAAGGGUGGAUUGUAUCCUCCUGGACAGACAACAAAAGUCAAGGGCGAAGAAAAGGAUCAUCAUGAGAAUUUGCACGCUCCGUCUUUAUAUAUGCUAGACAUUGGACUCAAUUCCCUGACCGAUACCCUAAACGCAGGUCGAAUUGUGGUUGGUUCCCCUGAUGGCCGUCAACUUCGAACUUUAGUCUCCGGUCAGCAUCUCCCAGACGGUCUUGACAUUUCUCUCAAAACCGGUCGUAUAUACUGGACAUGCAUGGGCAUCCCGACAUCCAACGACGGCACAGUACAAUCAUGCCAACUCGACGGUAGCGACAUUCGAACCGUGAUUCCAUCCGGAGCAGUCCACACGCCUAAACAACUAAUCAUUGAUCAUGCCGCUUCUAAAUUAUAUUUAUGUGACCGCGAGGGUCUACGAGUCAUGAGAUGUAAUUUCGACGGAUCAGAACACGAAACCAUUAUCCAAACCGGGGAUUGGAAAAUCCAGAAGAUGCAAAAGAUCAACUCAAAUGGAGGCAAAGGUCGAAUUUUCCGUGCCAAUAUUCAGAUGCCUGCAGGUCAAAAUGCUUCGACUAGAAAAGACAUCGAGUUAUUGUUUCAAGAAUUACCUGAACCCAUUGAUCUCGAGAUAGACGAAGAUACACAAACGUUAUAUUGGACCGAUAGAGGAGAUCCUCCUCGAGGAAAUAGUCUGAACGCAGCAAAGCUUGGAGAUAAUUCAUUGAAAGCGCUAAAGGAUGAUAGCGAAGAGAAGAACGAGUAUCAAAUCUUGACGAGACAAUUGCAUGAAGCGAUUGGAUUGAAACUUGAUACGGUUAAUAAACAUGUUUAUUUGACGGAUUUGGGCGGUGCAGUGUAUAGAGUGGGAAUGGAUGGGAAGGAUAAAAAGAGGGUUUAUGAUGAGGAAUGUUCAUUUACGGGUGUUGGAUUGGCACAUGUUUGA